AUGAAGGAAUAUAAGCGCAAGAGGACGGGGAGGCCUGCUGUGAAAUGCUUCAUCCGGACACGACAGGGCCACCGCACUCACGAACUCAAGGCAGAUUCAGCUACCUGCAGGAGCACAAGCCAACAGUACCACUCAGCAUUCCCACAGGCGGCCCUCAUUGAGCCCAGCGGAUUACACAACAAAACCAAGAACAGAACGUCUCAGCGGUGCUAUGCCAGAAGGAAUGCUAAUCGGAAUCGGCGUACCAGUUUCAAACACAGCUGUGCUCCCGAGCUGGGAGGCAGAGCUUGCACCGGCUCCAACUAUCCUCGGCAGAGCUCCUGGCCAUCCCGGUGCUCAUCCCUUUCUGGUAAUGAGAACUGCGAGGAGAAGAAGAAGCGCUUGAGAACGAGAGGUGUCCGGUGCGGUCAGACUUACAGUGAUCCAGGCCCCGCUGACUUCCGAAGUUCUACAGCAGGAGCUCGGGGCGCAAGAAUGGAUACGGGCGACGGGUCGGGGAUGGCAUUGGACGAGAGGGUAAGGCACCCACCCGCACAACAAGGUAGAAGGGCCUGGCUAGAGCCCAGGGCAGGCAUGGAGGACACUUGGAGUGCUUCAGCCCCUUUGCCUUCUGGACCCCACUAUCCUUUGGGGUCCCUCGCCGUCCAUGCUGGGUGGCCAGUGGCAGACAGAACUGUGCACAAGAGGGAGCAGACAAGGGACAAUGGGAAUCACGGCCAUCAAUGGAGGCCAUCCAUCUCCAGCUUCUAGAAAAUGCCUUUCGUAAAGAACUUCAGUCUAGCUAAACUUAGCUAAACUGACAUGUUCACUCUGAUUUUAUUUUUUACAUCCAAUCUCUCUCUCUCUCUCUCU